ACAGUAAAUCGUAGGAGAGACAUUGGAAAACCUUGGCGACACUGACAAUACAAAGACGUUGGGAUUAUAUUUUGUUGUAACUCGCCUUAGACCUUGUACUGGGAAAUAUAAAUCCGUUAUAAAUGAUAACACUACAUUCUAUAUGAAACUGCCCCAGACGCCGAGAUCUGUGGAGCACCUUGGAAAUCAACAGCAGCUGAGUAAUAAGAAGUGAAUGGUCGGGUCACUCGUGUGGACAUUCGACACGCAUCUCCCAGGCAGCAAGGAAGCGCUGCACACAACCCCGUUCUCCUUGUUGGCUGUCAACAUACAUGUUUUUACAUGAAGAGAGGGGAGAAACCCGAAGGAUACCGACAGAUGCGACCCAAAACGUUCCCCACGAGCAACUACAGUGGCAACAGCGAGCAUAUGCUACAGGAGAUCCGGGAAAGUCUGCGGAAUCUCCCACGGCCUUCCGAUGGCUUGAAAGUGGACAUGGUCGCUGUUGAUACGAGGCAGCAGGGACGCAGUGGCAACCCCAAAAAUCCUUAUUACAAGGCCCUUCAGGAAAUCCGAAAAUCCCUGAAGCCUUUUGAGUAUGAGUCGACUUCAGAUGUCAACAAGCAAAUGAAGCUUCAGCUUAUUUCAGCUGGCUUUGAAGAGGAGAUGGCAGUGCGUGCCCUGAAGCAGACUAACAGCCGCAGCAUAGAGGCCGCCAUUGAAUACAUCAGUAAGAUGAGCUACCAGGACCCCAUCAGGGAACAGAUGGUCAUGGUUGCGGCCGCCGCCCGCCCCAUCAACGCAGGCAUGAAAGGGCCAGGUGGGGCUCACAUCCAGCAGCCGGUGCUCAGGAAGCCCAGCUGGAAGGGCUCCAAGGAGUCCCUGGCCCCCCACAGGCACGGCCCGGUCAUGGUGGACGCCGGCAUGAUGUACCGCUCCAGCAGCCCCGGUCCGCAAGGCGGGGACAUGUCCGGACGCCCGCCGCCGACGCCGAGCGGUUUCCAGCAGGCCCACAUGGGCGGCGGCCAGCGGGUCAACCCGCCGCUGCCUCCGCAGAUGCGUAGCGUCACGCCGCCGCCCAACCGGGGCACCACACCGCCCCCGUCCUCCUGGGACGCCAACCCCUCCACCAAGCGCUUCUCGGGGAACAUGGACUACCUGGGGCCGCGCAUCUCCCCCGUGCCCCAGAGCGGCUGGUCCGAGGGCUACCCGGCAGCGCCGCCGCCUCCCUCCCAGAACCAGCGGGGCAUCAGCCCGGUGCCCGUCGGGUGGCAGCCCAUCAUCAUGCCCUCCUCGGCGGGCAACAAGUUCACCUUCCCCCCUUGCUGGCCCCAGAAUGGCAACCCUGCGCAGUCUGACUACAUGGGGCACCAGAACAUGGCCAUGAGCAGCGGCAACCGUCAGCCCCCGCCGCCGUAUCCCAUGAACCCCAGCAACCGCCAGAGCCCCACGGCGCUGCAGAUGCAAGCCGGUGGUGGUGGCCCUGCCCCGUCGCCGCCCUACGUCAACGGUGGCAACCUCCCCCAGUCCAUGCUGGUCCCCAACCGCAACAGCCACAACCUGGACAUGUACAACCUGCAGCCGUGGGCCCAGGCGCCGCCACACAGCUCCGGCCAGCAGCAGGCGUCCUCGGCGGGGGGCAGUGGCCAGGACCUGGCGCCCCCUCCCUCGUGGGCGAGCCACAACGUCCCAGUCCGCUCCAACUCCUUCACCAGCCCCCAGAUGGUGGGCAGCCGCGGGCAGGGCGCCCCCUCCAGCUCCCAGCCCUCGGCCACCACGGUCACGGCCAUCACCCAGGCGCCCAUCCUGCAGCCCGUCAAGAGCAUGCGCGUGCAGAAGCCCGAGCUGCACACGGCCGUGGCGCCCACACACCCGCCCUGGAUCCAGCAGCAGCAGCAGCAGCAGCCUCUCCCUCCGCCACCGCCGAGCCCCUACCAGGAGACCUCCGCCUCGGGUGGAGGAGGACCGCCUCAGAUGACCAUGGUGGCCGAGGCGCCCAGCUACCAAGGCCCCCCACCACCGUACCCCAAACACCUCCUCCAGCAGCAGCCAUCAGCUCCGUGUCCAACCUGCGAGCCCGGCUCCAAGCAAGGCGCUGCCGGUCCUGAGGAGGCCACGGCAGCAGCGGACGAUGACCAGGGCAGCAGCAGCUCCGCGGAGAGGGAGCGGGAGACGGCGGAGGCGCCCGGCGGCGGCGGCGGUGGUGGCGGUGGUGAGGGCGAGAAGAAGCAGAUCACCACGUCGCCGGUGCCGGUGCGGCGGAACAAGCGAGAUGAGGAGCGGCGGGGCGAGGUGCGCGUGCCCAUCUACUCGCCGCAGGCCUUCAAGUUCUUCAUGGAGCAGCACGUGGAGAACAUCCUCAAGAACUACCAGCACAGGAUCCGCAGGAAGAAACAGCUGGAGAGCGAGAUGCAAAGGGUGGGCCUAUCCGGUGACGCCCAGGAACAGAUGCGUAUGAUGCUGAGCCAGAAGGAGUCCAACUACAUCCGCCUGAAGCGCGCCAAGAUGGACAAGUCCAUGUUCGUCAAGAUCAAGACCCUGGGCGUGGGCGCCUUCGGCGAGGUCUGCCUGGCACGCAAGGUGGACACAGGUGCCCUCUACGCCAUGAAGACCCUCCGCAAGAAGGACGUGCUCCUCCGCAACCAGGUGGCCCACGUGAAGGCCGAGCGGGACAUCCUGGCCGAGGCGGACAACGAGUGGGUGGUGCGUCUAUACUACUCCUUCCAGGACAAGGACAGCCUGUACUUCGUGAUGGACUACAUCCCCGGCGGUGACAUGAUGAGCCUGCUCAUCCGGCUGGGCAUCUUCGAGGAGGAGCUGGCGCGCUUCUACAUCGCCGAGCUCACCUGCGCCGUGGAGAGCGUGCACAAGAUGGGCUUCAUCCACCGCGACAUCAAGCCCGACAACAUCCUCAUCGACCGCGACGGACACAUCAAGCUCACCGACUUCGGCCUGUGCACUGGCUUUCGCUGGACCCAUGACUCCAAGUACUACCAGAGCGGCGAUCACGUUCGUCAGGACAGCAUGGACUUCAGCAAGGAGUGGGAGGACUCCGCCAACUGUCGCUGCGGCGACCGGCUCAAGCCCCUGGAGCGCCGCGCUGCUCGGCAACACCAGCGAUGUCUGGCCCAUUCAUUGGUGGGGACGCCCAACUACAUUGCCCCAGAAGUGCUGCUACGCACUGGCUACACCCAGCUGUGUGACUGGUGGAGUGUGGGCGUGAUCCUCUAUGAGAUGUUAGUGGGUCAGCCGCCCUUCCUGGCCACCACACCACUGGAAACUCAGGUCAAGGUCAUAAACUGGCAGACCACACUGCACAUCCCCCCUCAGGCCAAGCUGAGCCCCGAGGCGUCGGACCUGAUCGUCAAGCUGUGCCGCGGGCCCGAAGACCGCCUGGGCAAGAACGGCGCCGACGAGAUCAAGGCGCACCCCUUCUUCCGCUCGGUGGACUUCUCCACAGACCUGCGGCAGCAGCAGCAGCCGGCGCCCUACGUGCCCAAGAUCACGCACAGCACCGACACGUCCAACUUCGACCCGGUAGACCCAGACAAGCUGUGGAGCAGCACCGGCGGCGGCGACGGGACCGACGCCGACGGCAACCGCAACGACGACACGCUCAACGGCUGGUUCCGCAACGGCAAGCACCCCGAGCACGCCUUCUACGAGUUCACCUUCCGCCGCUUCUUCGACGACAACGGCUACCCGUACAGCUGCCCCAAGCCCAUCGAGUACGAGGAGGAGGGCGACGAGGGGGAGGAGGGGGACGCCGAGGCCACCGAACAGGAAGUUGUGGCGCAGGCUGUGCCGGGGCGGGACCUAGUGUACGUGUAGAGUAGCGGCACGUCGUGAUUGAUCCAGUCUUGCCACAGCAUUCCACGUCUCUUGCGCCUCACUUUGCCUUAUAUGGACUGCUCUGUGACAACUCACUGCAACAGCAGGGUAGAGAGAAGGCAACGGCCACUUGUGUUUUUUUUUUUUUUCUUCUUUUCAUUCGUUUGUUUUUCUUUUGUCAUUUUUUUAAACCUAAUAUGGUUUUAAAGGCCACAGUUCUCAAGGAACAUAUAUGUGGAGAGGGUAUGUAUUUAGUCUUUGUCUGAAUAUUGCCUGUUUUGGGGGCAGGACUUUGGACCUGGGACAUUUUACCUUGGUUUAUAGCGCCUUAAUGAACAAAAGAGCAAAGGUCUUCUCCCGGUGAAACCUUUUUUAAUGUUAACAGAGUGAGAAGGGUGUACAUCUCCUAAAUACACUACAGAUAUAUUUAUUAUUGUGAGGUGUACAGGGUACACUUGCUCUAUGAGGUCUGAACAGACAUAAAAUGGUGAAACAUUUUGCUUUCACCUUUGUGGGAAGAAAUGUUUUAAGCCUUAAUUUAUUUAAAAUGUAAGUCUUGAUAUGCUAGGUACUAGGCGCACACAUUUUAAAGAGUUGAAUCUUACUUUCAAUACAGUUUGUUAAUUUAUAUUCAAGUAGGUCUGUUUCUCACUAGGCUUGGCUGUGGAUAGAUUAUGCGCAGGGAUGGUUAUUAUUUCCUGAAAUUCAAUUUUGCUGUGCCUUUUUCCCCCUUUCUCUCCUUUCACCAAAUAUCUAGAGAAUAAUCAGCCUGUCAAUUUAAAUGAACUAGUAUGAUAUGCAGGAUUGUUGGAUUUUUUUUCAAGUCUUUUGUUUAUUUGUCUAAUUUAUACAUAAAUUUGUAUUUAUAAAUAAUGCUGUGUACAUUUGAAGUACGAAAAUUGUCAAAUCACUAUCUUCUUGUCAGUCAAGGAAUUUAAAUCUGAAGCCCAUAUGCCUCUGUGUGUCUUAAUCUCAAAGCCUCACUUUUCCACUGUAAUGAUUCAGAUGAGGAAUACGGAUCCUUCUCUACUUCCUCUGGGCCCCUUGGGCUGUCUCUACUCUUCUGCACUCGGAGAGCAAAUGAACCUCGGGUGUGUUGAACACUUAAUCAGAGUGAAUGAGGAGGAGGAAGUUGUCUUUCUAUUGAGCACAUCAUCAACUCAGAUCUCACAAAUCGUUAGAGUCUGUGUCUUCACCUCUCUUUCUCUCCCUCUUUCUUUCUUUCUUUCUUUCUUUCUUUCUUUCUUUCUUUAUUUCUUUCUCCCUCUCUUUCUCUCUCCCUUUCUUUCUUUCUUUCUUUCUUUCUUUCUUUCUUUCUUGAUUCUCUCUUAAUUUUCUCAUUCUCCACCAAAGCACUAGAUCUAGGGUUAGUCCCGACCUCUUUUUGUGACUGCCUACUCUUGAAGGACUGACUUCAAAACUGGGUUAAAAAAAAAAACUGGAUUUUAGCCCUGGAAGGCAAAGGCUUAGGAAAUCUGUUCUGGGAGUCUCGUCCAAAGGUGCACACCUUUUUGCUACUUUUUGUGUUUUGAAAACAAAUUGAAUGUCCAAACAGAUGAAAGGGUGUUUUAUUCCGUUGUGUGUUUUAUCCUUUGGUCUUCUUAGUGUCCAGGAAAAAAAGGUUUGAAUGUAGUUUUGGGAAUAUGAUGUAUAUUUUCUGCACUGGUAUUGUUGUUAUGUAAUUGCAAAUGGUUAAAAAAAAAGAAAUUGGUGAAUUAUGUAUAAAAUGUUAUUUUUUGGGGGUGGGGGUGGAUGCAGAAAUGGAUGGGUGACAAAUAAAGAAUGUA